AUGGCCAAGGGAAACCGCGCGAAGACGCUGGCUGAGCAGCUCGCGGACCUUGACGGUCCUGCGCCCAAAGAUUUCGACCCUGAAGAGCCGGACAAUUUCGACAGCGAGAGCGACGACUCGGGAAGCGAUGAGGAGAAUGCGCAUGACGGACGGGAACACUAUGUCGAAGUUGGAAAGAGCAAGCUGCGCAAGCGCGAAACUGUUCCGCUAGGUCCCAAGUACGAGGGCUCUCGUGUUGGCCGUGAUGCCGUCGAGGAAGAAGACAGCGACGACCCGUUCAGCAAAGGCUUCGACGAGGACAGCAGUGACGAGGAGGAUGAGGACGAAGAAAUGGGCGAAGACGAAAGCGGCGCCUCGGAGGAGGACGAAAUGGACGGCAUUGAAGGCAGCGGGUCUGAAGAUGACGAAGACGGCACUUCAGCAACCGACCUUAGCGACGAGGACGACGAGGAUGACGAUGAGGAUAUGGAGGACGCUGCACCAAAGAGCGGAGGCGUCGAUCGUGCCGAGCUGCGCAAGAUCAUGAGCGAGGAGCAGAAGACCGUCGCUGCAACCAUUUCGGAGGCAGCCAAGGCCGACGCGGAGAAGGGUCGCGCUGUCAAAGCCCAGCGGAAGACUUUCGAUGCGCUCCUCAACACCAGGAUCAGGCUCCAGAAGGCCAUCAUCUCGACAAACUCGUUCUCUUCGCCCAAGGUCGAGGUCCCCGAUGAUGCAAAGAGCCUGACCGAUCCCGUCCGCGCCGCCGAGGAGGCUGCCUGUAACCUCUGGAACUCGCUCAACGACCUCCGCGAGAGCCUGCACACCACUCGCACCGGCGAGAAGCGCAAGCGCAUCGAGAUCAGCACUUCUACCCCCUCGGAUGAGAUCUGGAGCUACAUGCAGUCUUACGAGUCCGAAACUUUGCCCCACCGGCAGAGCGUGCUGGAAAAGUGGUCCACAAAGGCCCGCGGCGUCUCCGCCAUGCCAGCCAAGGGCCGCCUCACAAACACCGCCCAGCAAACCAUCGUCGACGUGCUGUCAUCCCAACUAGCAGACUCGACCAGACUGGUGCAAAAGACUCGCACCGCUCGGUCGUGCGCGCCGCUGCAAGCAGGCACCGAGAGCGCCGACAUUUUCGACGACGCGGAUUUCUACGGGCUGUUGCUGAAGGAGCUGUUGGAGCGGCGCAGCGAGGAGAACCAGACGGGCGCCCUGGCCGGCAUGAGCUUCAACGUGCCCAUCACCAGCCAUUGGCAGGCCGCCCGUGAGGCGAAGACGCAUCGCGCCAACGUUGACGUCCGCGCUAGCAAGGGCCGUAAACUGCGGUACACUGUGCACGAGAAGCUUCAGAACUACAUGGCCCCAGAGGACCGCAAUGCCUGGCAGGAUCGCCAGGCUGAUGAGCUGUUUAGCAGCUUGUUCGGCCAGCGCAAUGCCUUGGCAGAGGAAGAGGCGGAGGAGAGAGACAGUGAUGAGGAGGAUUUGGGCGAGCAAGGACUGCUGCUGUUUGGCGGGAAGAAAUAG